AUGUCAUUGUUCAAGAACUACUUUGGCCUCGGCGGCUCGGGCUCCACGCCGCCCGCCCAAGAAGACAAGACCCCCGUCAGAGCUCUCCCGGCCUCCUGGUACACAUCGCAAGAAAUGUACGAGCUCGAACGCCGCGCCAUCUUCUCCAGGAAAUGGCUCCUCACAACACACAAGGCCAGAAUCCCCAACCCGGGCGACUGGGUCCGCUACGACGUCGCCGGCUACCAGUUCAUCAUCGUCCAGGACAGGAAAGGGAAGAUCAACGCCAUGCACAACAUCUGCCGGCACCGCGCCUUUCCCGUCGUCACCAAGGAGGAGGGCAACAGCUACACCUUCUCGUGCAAAUACCACGGGUGGUCCUACGGCCUGAGCGGCAACCUCGCCAAGGCCCCCGGAUACCAGGACCUCGCCGGCUUCGACAAGUCCAAGAACAACCUGUUCCCCGUGCACGUCCACAUCGACCGCAACGGCUUCAUCUGGGUCAACCUCGACGCCGGGGAGAAGCCCGAGAUCGCGUGGGACGACGACUUCGUGGGCAUCGACGAGCAGGAGAGGUUCCAGCACUACAACUUUGACGACUACGUCUUCGACCACCAGUGGGAGAUGGAGGGCGAGUGGAACUGGAAGAUCCUGGCCGACAACUACAACGAGUGCUACCACUGCCCCACCGCCCACCCGGACAUCCCCUCCAUCGCCGACCUCAACUCGUACUACGUCAACACCGACAAGGCCUACAUCCAGCACUUUGGCCAGCCGACGGAGGAGCAGAUCGCCAAGGGCUUCCGCGUGGCCGCCACCUACUUCUGGCCCAACGCCUCCAUGAACCGGUUCGUGCCCAGCGGCCCGCAAAAGUCGUCGAUGCGCUACGAGGUGUACCGCAACAAGAACUCGGGCGACGAGGACUUCAACGUCAUCAGCGACAUGUACAAGCGCAUCAUGUCCGAGGACAAGUACCUCUGCGCCAACGCGCAGAAGAACAUCAACGCGGGCGUCUUCGUCAACGGCGAGCUGCACCCGGACCUCGAGAAGGGCCCGCUCUUCUUCCAGAAGACGGUGCGCGAGGUCAUCACGGAGCACUGGCGCAAGGAGCAGCAGGCGGGCGCCGAGAUCUGGCCGGCCCAGCAGCAGGUGCCCAAGGCCGCCGCGGCGAGCCAGAGCGACGCGCAGCUCUGCUCAGCGGUGGAGUGCUGCAGCAGGAACAAGGGCAGGAUGGACGACAACAAGAUGUGUCUCGACGAGGCGAUUGCUUUCUGA